AUGGAAUCACCAGGGACUCAAUCGUGCCCCCCGCCCGAGCUCCCCCAGCUCGUCGCCGAACAGCAUGCCCCCAUUCCCACCAGCGACAAGGAUACGCAGCGCUUGAUCGUUGUGCUCUCGAAUGCCAGUCUGGAGACGUACCGCUCAUCGCACGGUGGUCGCAAUGGCCGCGAGGAAAAGUACUCGCUUCUCAACAGUGACGAGCACAUUGGAGUCAUGCGCAAGAUGAACAGAGAUAUCAGUGAUGCGCGUCCGGAUAUCACCCACCAGUGUCUUCUCACCCUUCUCGAUUCGCCGAUCAAUAAGGCUGGUCGUCUGCAAAUCUACAUCCACACCGCGAAAGGCGUCCUGAUUGAAGUCAGCCCGACAGUGCGCAUUCCUCGAACAUUCAAGCGAUUUGCUGGCCUGAUGGUGCAGCUGCUCCAUCGUCUGUCCAUUCGCUCGACCAACUCGCAAGAAAAGCUGCUCAAGGUGAUCAAGAACCCCAUCACCGACCAUCUGCCGCCCAACUGCCGCAAGAUCACGCUCAGUUUCGACGCCCCCGUCGUUCGCGUCAGGGACUAUAUUGAAUCGCUCGACAGCAAGGAGAGCAUCUGCGUCUUUGUCGGAGCCAUGGCCAAGGGCCGCGACGACUUUGCCGAUGAGUUCAAGGACGACGCUAUUGGUAUCAGCAACUACAGUCUCAGUGCCAGUGUCGCCUGCAGUAAAUUUUGCCAUGCCGCCGAAGAUGUGUGGGACAUUAUCUAG